AUUGUUCUUUGCAUCAGCGUCUGAGAUCUGUCUUAUUAUACACAAGCACACACAUAGAAACAAAUAGAUCAAGCGCACACUUACAUACACACAGAUUCAAAUGGAGCGUUCAAUGCGUCUUAUUUCAGCUGCCUUCGUUGUUGUCUUACUUUUGGCCGCUACCGAGAUGGGUCCAAUGGGUAUUGAGGCAAGGGUUGAGUCAAGCAAGGCAGUUGAGGGGAAGAUCUGUGAGGUUCCGUGCACUCUGUUCAAAGGGUUGUGCUUUUCAUCUAACAACUGUAAACACACAUGCAGAAAGGAGCAAUUCACCAGAGGCCAUUGUAGUGUCUUCACCCGUGCUUGCGUGUGCACCAAAAAGUGCUAAUUAAUUAGUUAAAGAAAUGUAAUCUGUGUAGAGACUGUGCUUGUGUAAUGUGAUGGAUUGAUAUGGCCCUGUAUCCACAUGGUUUCUUUUGCUAAUAAAAUGAAUGACCCUGCAUGGAUCAUUACUCA